AUGACAGAACUUUCGUACGCGAUAUCCGAUAUCCAAACACGUAUAUUCGAAAUACAAGAACUUCGCCACAAAUCACAGUCGUCUGGAGACAACGCAGGAACUACGAACAUCAUUGACCAAUCUCUCAUGAGUCUUGAUGAACGCUUAGAAUCUGUGGAGAAAGGGAUCAAGACCAUAAACGAAACGUUGGAGCCCCUCAUGCAAACUUCGGCGACCCCAACAGUGUCUGAGACCGUUGGUUCAAGUGAAAAUGCCGCUCUUUUGCGCAAACAGGCCACUUUGUUAGCGGAGUGGGAGGCUAUUCAGAAUGAAAGUGAUGUAUUGAGGGAGGAGCUCAAGGAAGACAAGUGGUUAACAGUCUUUAGGACAGUCACAGACCAAGCAGAUGGCAUGAUGUCUAGUCUGGAGAAGGCAGUAAAUCGAUGUCAGGAAUUCAUAUGGCAAGUCCAUCGAAAAGGUGUUGAUGAGCCCAUUACUCCCGCUUCGAUGACAAAGGAGAAGGCACCCAUUACACUUGAGGUGUUCACGUCGCUUUUGGAUUCUUUCGAAGCCAAGAAGAAACAUUACAUGCCUGCGACGUCGAAAGUUCUCUCUAUCAUCGAUAAAGGCGUUCGGGACCGGGUCACAAAGAACGGCGAAACCUUGAGACGGCAUGCAGAAUCUGCACAGAAAUGGAAAAAUCUCCGCGAACGAAUAUCAAGAACCGAUGCGGAAAUGGAGACAGUUCGUAAGAUUCUAGUACACUCAGAUGGAGCCUCCAGUGAGGGCGGAUCCAGCACAUCUGGCGCGACAUCUGGAAAGAACGGUUAUCUUGCGACUCCUCCAAGCGGCUCGAGAUCAUCAAGAGCACCAAGCACAGCGAGCACCCUUUCACGGUCAAUAUCCCCCUUCAGAAAAUUCGCUCGUAGGAUCACAGGGUCAAACCGUCCGAGCCCAUCUUCGUCGGUGUCUUCAGUGACCCCAUUGAGUGUGAACAAGAAAGGGAAAGCGCCGUCCUCUGAACCUCCGCUAUCAGCCAGUGAAAUGCGUCGGCAAAAGACAUCCUUGUUUGGAUCUGUGAGGGGUAGUCACCCAUCUACUCCCAUCACUCCAGAUCGUCCUGGGCACAAGCACAGUCAAAGCUUCACCUCAGACUCGUCCCCUCGAGUUGGAAGGUCCGACUCUUCGACCGUGAAACAAACUCGUUCGGCCUCCAAGCAGCGGUGGAACAGUUCGACCAAGGUGGAGCCAGAGGAACGUUCAAAUACCAUAAAGGCAACACCUCCAAGGAGGCCACCAUCGUCGACGGGAACUUACGGAUUUUCUGACGAUAUCCCUCCCGUACCGCCACUUGGAACCCCUUACCGAAGGAGUAUGUCCCGAACGUCAAUGGCGUCGUCUCGUCCAUGGUCCCCUCUUACCUCAUCAAUUUCCACCACACAGUCUUCUUCUCAGCAUGUGCCGCUACAUAUACCCAAUUUCGGAUCCCGUGCACCAACACCAUCUAGAGCGAUAACUCCAAGUACUACCCCUCGGCGUCGACCGAAAACCCCAAGCCAUAUACCAGCUCCAUCGCGGACCCUGCGCUCAUUUUCCGGAACCCAGUCAGAAUCUGGUUGGGAUGAUGAGGACUCCUUUCAGCGCUCUUUCUCCCCCGCCUUUUCUACUUCUGCGUUGAGCUCUACCUCUCCAAGAGGGCAUCCACCUCGACCCCCCAGCCGAUCUAUGAUCCCAGUCCCGGCUGUCCAUCUCUCGUCACCUUCGCGACCCUCGACCUCGAUGUCAAGCUAUAGUCGUUCAGAAAGCCCGCCAAUGGCACUCAAAGGUUCUGCUAUCCAAGCCCAGACACCUGAAUCGGCGUUGCGCAGUCGUGCACCAGUUAGUACGCGGAACACGGCACGUCCAUCCAUCAACAAACUUCCCCCUUCGAGUUUUAAAGACGGCAACGCCAGUCGCGCUCCGUCACGCCCUGGUUCGCGUGCUGGAGCUUAUACGCCAUCGAUGGACAAUCUUCCUUUCCAUGAAUAUGUUGCUGGGAACCCCAAAGAUCCUCUCGACGCAGAGGUUGCCAUGAUUGUCAAUUCGAUUGCUCACGGUUUGUUGAUUGAGCGGGUCGAUCCUCCCCUCAAGAAGAUACCAAAGGAGGGCGAGGAGAUCAAGGCCCAAUAUGCAGUUUCCAAUUCGCUCAGCAAGAAAAUCGUUACUUGUAGGUUGACAACACUUACGAGGUCUGGGAAGACGGGCGGGGACACGACAACUAAGAAGGUAAUGUGUCGUGUUGGAGGAGGUUGGCAAGAUCUGAGCCACUAUAUACUCAAUCGUCAGGCUGGACUAUGA